CCGUGAGAGUGGAGACCUUCAGUCUCGCUUUAUUUCUGGAUAUUGGGGGACCUCUCUACCAUGUCAUAUCCACAAUUCGGAUACCCCUACUCGUCUGCUCCACAAUUCCUGAUGACAACCAACUCUCUGACCACUUGCUGCGAGUCCACUAGCAGAUCCAUAGCCGACUCCGGAGUAGCGGCGUCUGGGCAGACCCCGGUCUACUGCCCCGUGUACGAAAGCCGGCUGCUGGCUACGGCGAGACACGAACUCAGCUCAGCCGCCGCGCUGGGCGUGUACGGGAACCCCUACACCAGCAGUCAGGGCUAUGGGAAUUACGUUACGUAUGGCACAGACGCGUCGGCUUUCUACUCGCUGGGUACAUUUGACACGAAGGAUGCCACAGCUUCUGCCCAUGCAGGAAUAACCCAGGCUACAGCCUACUACCCUUAUGAUCCCACGCUGGGACAGUAUCAGUACGACAGAUACGGUUCCAUGGAUGGUGGGACAAGGCGGAAGAAUGCCACACGAGAGACAACCAGCACGCUGAAGGCCUGGCUGCAGGAACACAGGAAGAACCCGUACCCAACUAAAGGCGAGAAGAUCAUGCUGGCCAUCAUCACCAAGAUGACCCUGACACAAGUCUCAACCUGGUUUGCAAAUGCCAGGAGGAGGCUCAAGAAGGAAAACAAGAUGACAUGGCCACCCCGAAACAAAGGGUCAGAGGAGAAGAGAUAUGAUGAGGAUGAGGAUGGAUCUCAGGAGGAGCAGAUAAAAAGCGAGAACAACGAAGAUGAAACCAGAAGUCGCGCAGAUAAGGAGCUCCAGUUAAGCGAUUUGGACGAUUUCGACACCUUGGAGUCUGAGAGCUCCGAGUGCGAGCUGAAGCACAGAUAUCACAUGAACACGCACAUGUCCACGACCGCCGACUGUCCCGGCCGCGAUCACCUCAUCAAAGACGCGUCUCUGAAAAUUUCCAUCCCCGUUUCUCUGGGAGGAGAGCAGGACUUGAGCAAAAGUUGCCUCAAAUCGAAUCCGGAGGACUUCCAGUCGGACAGCAGACAGCAGGCUAAAGCGUGUUAUAAUCAGCAAAUGCUCGACGGGAAACCCCGGAUUUGGUCUUUGGCGCAAACUGCGACGUCUCUGAACCAGACUGAGUACCCGUCCUGUAUGCUGAGGUGCCAGCAGCCGCCGCCGCCCUCCUCCCUCACCCCGUCACCCGCCGCUACCUCACCCGUUACCGGGCUGGACACCAGGCAGGACUCACCGGUCACCACCCUGAGAAACUGGGUGGACGGAGUUUUCCACGACCCUUUGUUCAGGCACAGCACUUUGAGCCAGGCUCUGACCAACACCACCGUCUCUUGGACCACGAACACCAAAGGCGCCCUGCUGGAGAGCGAGAGGAGCGCGGCGGCCCUGCAGCAGCAUCAAGACAAAGACACGAGUUUCCCAAAAACUAUCAAUAAACUUUUCUGUUCCUAACAAAACCA